GGGGCGGGCGCGGCGCCGGCGACGCCAUUUUCGGCGGCUGGAGGGUGGCGCGAGGCUGCGGAGCGCGGGUCAGGGUGAGGAUGCUGCGGGGCGGCUGCGGAGGCGCCGCUUGCUGCUGAGGCGGCUGGGCUCUGCGCGGCCUAGGCCGGUGACAGCGCGACGAGCGCGGCGCUCCCGAUCGGACGAAUGUAUGACGACAUGUCCACAAUGGUGUACAUAAAGGAAGAGAGGCUGGAGAAGCUCACGCAGGACGAGAUCAUGGCUAAGACGAAGCAGGUGAUUCAGGGGCUGGAGGCCCUGAAGAAUGAGCACAACUCCAUCCUGCAGAGUCUGCUGGAGACGCUCAAGUGCUUGAAGAAGGAUGAGGAGAGCAACCUGGUGGAAGAGAAGUCCAGCAUGAUCCGCAAGUCCUUGGAGAUGCUAGAGCUCGGCCUGAGUGAGGCGCAGGUGAUGAUGGCCCUGUCCAAUCACCUGAACGCCGUGGAGUCGGAGAAGCAGAAGCUCCGUGCUCAGGUCCGACGCCUGUGCCAGGAGAACCAGUGGCUGCGGGACGAACUGGCCAACACGCAGCAGAAGUUACAGAAGAGUGAGCAGUCUGUGGCUCAGCUGGAGGAGGAGAAGAAGCACCUGGAGUUCAUGAACCAGCUGAAGAAGUACGACGACGACAUCUCGCCCUCGGAGGACAAAGACUCUGACUCUGCCAAAGAGCCGCUGGAUGAUCUCUUCCCGAACGACGAGGAUGAACCAGGACAAGGAAUCCAGCAGCAACAUAGCAGUGCUGCAGCUGCCGCCCAGCAGGGCGGCUACGAGAUCCCUGCGAGGCUGCGCACACUCCACAACUUGGUGAUCCAGUACGCUUCGCAGGGGCGCUACGAGGUGGCGGUGCCACUCUGCAAGCAGGCCCUGGAGGACCUGGAGAAGACUUCGGGCCACGACCACCCUGAUGUGGCCACCAUGCUCAACAUCCUGGCCCUGGUGUACAGGGAUCAGAACAAGUAUAAAGACGCAGCUAACCUCCUGAACGACGCCCUGGCUAUCCGUGAGAAAACCCUGGGCAGAGACCACCCCGCGGUGGCAGCAACUCUGAACAACCUUGCAGUUCUGUAUGGCAAGCGAGGGAAGUACAAGGAGGCGGAGCCGCUGUGUAAACGAGCCCUGGAGAUCAGGGAGAAGGUUCUGGGAAAGGAUCAUCCUGAUGUUGCCAAGCAAUUGAAUAACUUGGCCUUACUGUGCCAGAAUCAGGGCAAGUAUGAGGAGGUAGAGUAUUACUACCAGAGGGCCCUGGAAAUCUACCAGACGAAGCUGGGGCCUGAUGACCCCAACGUGGCCAAGACCAAGAAUAACCUGGCUUCCUGUUACCUGAAACAAGGGAAGUUCAAACAAGCAGAGACGCUGUACAAGGAGAUCCUCACCCGUGCCCACGAGCGGGAGUUUGGAUCUGUGGACGAUGAGAACAAGCCCAUCUGGAUGCACGCUGAGGAGAGAGAGGAGUGCAAAGGGAAACAGAAGGACGGGUCGGCCUUUGGAGAGUAUGGGGGCUGGUAUAAAGCCUGCAAAGUGGACAGCCCUACCGUCACGACCACUUUGAAAAACCUCGGAGCACUUUACCGACGGCAGGGGAAGUUUGAAGCUGCAGAAACAUUGGAAGAAGCUGCCAUGAGGUCACGUAAACAGGGUCUUGACAAUGUUCACAAACAGAGAGUGGCCGAAGUGCUAAAUGACCCUGAGAACACGGAGAAGCGGAGGAGCCGGGAGAGUCUCAACGUGGACGUGGUCAAGUACGAGAGUGGCCCUGACGGAGGGGAGGAAGUGAGUAUGAGCGUAGAGUGGAAUGGGAUGAGAAAGAUGAAGCUCGGGCUGGUUAAAUGACUUGCUCAGCGUCCCAUGGCCUAGCCGCCCGGUGCCUCCCCUCUGCUCCUGCAUGAUGGGCAGCGCCUCCUCCGGCCCCUCCAGUGCUGUCCGCUGUCUAGCAGCCCUGAGCUUGUCAGCGCACCCGGGGCCUGGCCCUCCUCUCGGUGCUGCCGUCCUUGGGGUCUUGAUUUCUGGAUACUUGUAGCUUUGCCGGAUAUGUACUUAGAAAUAUCAACCGUGUUAAUAAGCCCAUUAAUGUGUAACACACAAGUUUAACAGUUAGGAGAGUAGCUGUUGACCCUGAUGACAGGCGUUAGUGUCACGCAGGUUUAUUACAGUGGCAUGAGAGUGACCCGUGCAGUCUCUCAGCUGUAGGAGUGAGGCAUGUGCUGCACGUCCCUGUUGUACUUAGAGACCUGGCCGGUGCCCUGCACAGGCCUCCCCGGACACACUGACGUAGAUGUGCUGUGCAGUCUUGCUGUGGAAAUUUGAAUUCUGCUUUUCUCUACUAAUCUGAAGUGCUCCGUGAUGUGUGUAUGUGUCUUUCUAACUUCUAAUAAACUCACUCCAACUGACCUGUGUCUUGUGUCUGUCUGCUCUGUACACUUCUUGAUCUUCUGGGGUGCAGUGCUGCGUGGGCUCUAGCCGCAGUCGGUUUCUGGGAUCCCCCGAGGGGCUGUUCUGAAACUCAGCGCUACUGGGCACAGGGUUCCACUCUGCACUUGAUUUCAUGGCCAGACUCUGCCAGGUGUUUCAGUAAUGUCUGAGUUGGUUAUAGGGGCAGCUAGCUACUCGUCUACAGGUGUCUAAGACUUGUGGCAUUUGUAUAAAAAUGAGCAUUUUAUUAAAAACUUGCAGCUGUGGAGGUGAGACUGUCCGGCAUUCACUGCGUGAGGCCUGCUGCCCUGCCAGGUGCACACAUGCUCAUGUGAGAUGGAGUCACACUUGCCUGUCAGUCUUCCAGAUUCCUUAGUUCUCGUGACCCUAUGCUGCCCUUUGUCGCAGGACAGCAGUGGGCUCACGCUCCUUUGGGAAUGUGGCUGCUUCUGCUUGGAUCCUUCACUUUCCGAGGAUUCCUGAUCACGGGAUGUUUGUAACAUGUCUGUGUACACUGCCGGCUGGUGGCAGGCCGGUGGCUUUGGCAGGACUCACUGCUGGCUGGUGGCAGGCCGGUGGCUUUGGCAGGACUCACUGCCAGCCAGUGCCUUGCAGCAGUCGGGCUUGUGGGGCUGAGCGUGGGGCAGGAGGGGACCCCACAGCGUUACACUUGUUCACGUGUU